CGUCAACGAAACAAGACAGCAUCUGCCAAAUACAGACAAAAGAAAAACAGACAACAGACGGAAAUGAAACGAAUGAUUGAUCAUUUAAAAGAACAAGAUGCUUUACUGAAACGCCAGAUGAUGGAAUUACGUUUGGAGAACCAACAAUUGAAAUCUAUCAAUGAUCAUCUGCGUGGCAAGAUCAUGGCGAAGAAAAUGUUGGAUCAAUAUUUUGAACGCCAUCCUGAUAUUCGACUUCCUACUAUGAAUGAUCAAACUGCUUCUUCUCCUUGUGUCAAUAAUGAUGAUGUAGAAAGUGUUGAUUCUUUUUGAAUUUUAUUAUUAUUAUUCCUCUGGUUUUUCAUUGGAGCGCAC